AUGCCUGUUUAUACCAGGGACACCGCGCUAACAACUCCACUAUUCAAUAUACCGACUUCCGUGCGUGUCGCUGUUAAAAUUGGGGAAAUUACGAAGACGAGCCGAACCAAUGUCCCUGUCGAGAAGCCUGUGUUCUCAUUUGACGAGCGCGAACAUGGCCACAGCGACGUUUGUAAGCAGGUUGAAGACCGUGUUGCAGCAAGCCUCAGUUCCUACGGGCAGAAAACUAUUCGCUCCGACCCCAGCAUCUACAUGAAACUAAGCCAGGGGGCACCUCAACGAAAUUGGGUUUCUGUAUCGGAGGGGACGUUUGGAUCGCUCGUGGCGACUUCCUUUUCUAACUACCAGCGGCGCACGACGAAUACAGGUCCGUUUGAAAUAGAGGUUGUACUUGCAGCUCGAAAACCUAUAAGCAACUUAGCUGGGACCCGACGCGCGACCGCCCCACGCAUACUAGAGGCAGCACGAACGAUCGACAGCUUCCUGGAGCAGCGCUCCGACCUCCAAGUUGGUGAGAUUGCCCGAACCCAUUGGUCGUUUUCGGAUGCCCGCCAGCCGGAAGGAACCGAACUCACGGUGCCCGAGACGGCAACAUUUGCCCAAGCCCAGCAUAUAGACGCUAUCGUCAUGCCGCUAACGAUCGAAGUCGCUGAGCUGCGCCGCGUGUUGGGGCUUCCGAGCCACAAUUUACUUGCCAGCGGGGUCUUCUCGUCAUUUGAGCCACCUGCGGAGCCUGAGGAAGACGUCUCGGACGACGAACACAAGAGCGACUAA